UGAAUUCCAUGGAUUCUCGUCUUUGGAACAAUCACCAGUAGACAGAGAGCCUAAAAAUAUGGAGCUGGGAAAGGCGAAACUGCUGAGAACCGGCCUCAAUGCUUUAUACCAAGCCAUCCAUCCUGUGCACGGAAUUGCCUGGACAGAUGGGAAGCAGGUGAUACUGACUGCUUUAUACUACCAUAAUGGAGAGCUGAAGUUUGGAGACUCAAGCGUUGUUGGUCAGUUUGAACACGUGCAUGGGCUUUACUGGGGCCCAUGUUGCUCUACAGAGACCCCAGCUCUGCUUGCUGUUCAGCAUAAAAAGCAUGUUAGCGUUUGGCGGCUGGGCCACAGCACUGCGGAGAAAAACAAACCCUUGAUUUCUCAGACUUGUGAAAUCGGUGAGCCGUUCCCAUUGCUUUCCCAGGGCUGUGUGUGGCAUCCAAAAAAGGAGGUCUUGGCUGUCCUUACAAAAAGAGAUGCUUCAGUCUUGCACACUGUUCGAACAGACAAUAGCAGAGUUAAGGCAGAUAUCAAAAGCAGUGGGCUUAUUCAUUGUGCUUGCUGGACUAAGGAUGGUAAUCGCUUAGUAGUUGCUAUAGGCAGCACCCUGCAUUCCUAUAUAUGGGAUGAUGCUCAAAAAACUCUAAAUGCCUGCUCCUUUUGCCCAGUCUUUGAUGUGGGAGGCUAUAUCUGUGCUAUAGAAGCCACGCUGGAUUUCCAAAUUGCUGUAGCUACUGAGCUUCCUUUAGAUAAUAUCUGUGGUUUGAACGCAGGCAUUGCAUUUGAUAUGCCAUCUGGUGCUGAAACUAGUUCUUUAACCUCGCAGUCUACUACAGCACUUGGUGAUGAAGAGUACUCCAUGGACCUGCGAAGAAAGUCCACAGACUCUGACAGAUCAGGCACUGUUGAUUCAGUAGCUUCUUCUUCAUCAGGUCCUUUGGAUUUAACCCACAUCCUUGCAAAUCACCGUCGGUCUGAUCCCAGUCCUCUCAUUACUCUGAAACGCAAAGAUUCUGCAGCAAUGAAUGGUCAAGAUUCUUCUUACCUGAUCUUGGUGACUUUUGAAAGGAAGGUAACCACCACCAGAAAAGUCAACAUCCCAGGUAUUCUGGUUCCUGAUAUAAUGGCUUUUGACCUCAGAGCUCAGAUCGUGGCAGUAGCCUCUAAUACUUCUAACAUUGUUUUGGUGUAUUCAGUAACCUCUUCCUGCAUGCCCCAUAUUCAACAAAUCCAGCUGGAAAAAAAUGAAAGACCAAAAGGCUUAUGCUUUUUGUCAGAUAAACUCCUAUUGAUAUUAAUUGGGAAGCAGAAAUUCCCUGAGCCGAGUGUUAUUCCAUCUUCAAGUUCGGACAGGUAUGUAAUGCGCCUGAUGAUCAAAGAACUGAUGCUGGAAGAAGAUGCUUCAACGCUGCCAGACACGAAGCAGCAUAUGCUUUAUAACUUUGUAUCAUCUGUGAACAUACCUGGAAAAAGAAAGUUCUUUGAAAACCUUGCCACAGAAGACCAACAUCAAAGCAGAGACCUGUUAAUACCAAGAAGUACAGUUAUUCAAUCUCCCAGCGGCAGGAGAAGACUCAUCGAAGAAGCGAAGAGCCCUAGUUAUGAGCAGAGCUCUUCAUCAAGUGUUAGUGACUUGGAUGAGAAAAAGCUCCCAGGUGACCCCUCUGUUGCCUUAGAAACUUUGGAUGCUGAACCUAUCAAUCGUUCAAUGGCUCUUCUUGGUUUUGGAACAGCUACCAGGCUUUCCAGCAGACCAGCUGCCCCUAAAGUGCAGUUCAAUGUAAUUGAGGAAACAUCGAGUUCUCCUAAAAACAACAAUUUGCCAGGUGAAAGAGGCAUGAGUCACAUAUCUAGAAAUUUAGAGAGACUCUGUGGCAGUUUCAAUGACUUACAACUGAGUCUUUCUGAAAUAACAGACUUUGCUAAAAAUGGGAGAAGGGUAUCUUUAGCCUACCCAAGUUCACAAGAGCCACCGGUCAUUCAUAUCACUUACCAGAAAAAUUUUUCAAAUGGAGCAGUUACUGAAGAAACAAAAGAUGUUCUCCUCUGUGAUGGCAAGAUCCAUUUGAAUUUAGUCCAGCAGCUGUUUGACCUGACCAUUAUUGAAAUGAAACACGGCUCUUCUUGGAUUGUGCUCACUGCAGACAAGGACGGCUUUGUGCCAUUAAUAUUCAAAGCAAGACAGGACAUCAUCAUAAGGGAUGGAACUGACAGUUCAGAAGUCUGCGGUCGUCACUCCUACAAAAAGGGCAGUUUAAUGCAGCCACCAAGCAGAGUGACAUAAGCGCUCACCAAAAAACACCAAUGACCCCCUUUUUUUUUUUUUUUGCUGAAGCAAUACAGAGAUGUUCUGUGGCAUCAGACACUGAAUGACUAGAAAGUUGUCUUCACUACUUUCAAUAUAUUUGGACUAAAAUCUGGGGCACGGUCACACAAUAGCUCAGUCCUAGGGUUGACUGCACCCUCAUGAUGUCUUCAGAAUGAUCAGACCUAGAAUGGAGUUUACCAGUGUUAUUAAUUGUUAUUAAUAACGUUUUGUUAUUAAUGACUGCCAGUGGACUGGAGCAGUGACAAGACUCCAGUUGUGGUCAAGAUGUUCUGGGAGAAAUAACAGUAUGCUGAAAAUCAUGCAGUAAAAACCAGUCUAACCAAUAUGGGAGUACAGCCCACACAAAAGCUGGAGAAAGUGCUACUAACGAGCAUUUAUACUAAGGAAAACUGCAAAAAGAGAAGGGAAAGCACUUUUUGGCUCUAUAUGAAGUUCCUGUGGGUCCCAUGGAAACCUGCAACAUUUUCAGAAAUGCUUAAUUCUAACAUGAAAACGUUCAGCUACAAAUACAGCUGCAUCACUGCGUCCUGUCACUGUCUCACACAGCA